CAGCGAGUGAUCAGCAGUUGCUCCGAACUGUUCGACUGAACGGAACUGUUUACCCAUUGCCACGCGCAGGAAUUCGCCAUUGAGAUGCUGAAACGCGAUCUGCAGAAGAUCACACUCAAGCUGUCCGAUCUCAAGGACUACGAGAUUGCCCGCCAGAAGAACAAGUUCAAGAAUGCCCCGCAACCCAGGCUAUCCCAGGACGCACUCACCGGUGACGAUGCCUCCACUUCGGGGACAACGGCCAGCUGCAGUUCCAACACGGAGACGGCCACCGAAACUGCUUCGGGCUCCGGAUUGGGAUCGGGGUCUGGAUCAGGCUCUGGCUCUGGCUCUGGCUCCGGAUCCGGAUCGUACAUGACGGGAAUGGGCUACCGUUCGGAGACACCCUCCUCCGCAUCGUACACCACAUCGACGACCCCGACUCCGGCCACUCAGGAGGAGGUACUGAGGCCCUCGUCCGCCGUCACGGCCACCACCACCACCGGCACCACCAAUUCCGGCUCCACGGAUGAUGUAAGCGUGGCGGCCGUUGUGGAUGACACGGACACCAUUGACGAGAUCAGCGACGACAACUGGGUGGACCUAAAUGCGGACACCAACGACACCGUUGACACCCACCAGGAGGAGCAGCUGCAGGAGGUGGAGGAUGAGGAGGAGGAGGACGGGGCCAGGGGAGGAGUCUAAUCCCGACCACUUAUUUCACAUUCCAUUGAUCAGCACAUUUUGUAUACGCAACCAAGUAUAAUAACCCAUUGCAUGCUCCACUUA